GCAACAGUUGCCCCGGUGAGGACGAGGCGCCAUAGUCACGGUAGUCCUGGCGACAAGAACCAAGCAACGGGAAUCAACAACAACAACAACAACAACAACAACCUAAACUAUUAAGGAAUUAAAAAAAAUAAUAAAACUCAGCAAACAACCAUCACGAAUCAGAAGAAUGGCGACUCCCGGCUACACAGAGGAGCUCCAACCCUCCCAGCCUCAAGGGGGCGGCGUGACCACGCCCAAAAGCAGCCAGCAGAAAUCCGGAGCCAGCGUCACGCCCACCUUCCUCCCUGACAUACAGAGCUCGUCUAGCUCCUCCCCCUCACAAACAGGCCUUUCCUCUAGAAUAACACAGACCGCACCUCCAGCGAUCCUCAAGAAGGCCGUUCUGGCCACACCCACUCAGGUAACGGCGGCGGCGGCGGCACAGUACGCCGUGUCCGAGAUCCAGAGCUCCACCUCCGGGUCCAGCAACGGCCAAAACACACCACAGUAUAUAGUGGUGACUGUUUCAGAAGGAUCCAACCAUUCGAACGACUCGGUGUCGGAGUCCAGUCCACCUCCAGCUGUCCAGACGGGUGUGCCAACGCACGUGGUUCAGACCGCGCAGAGGUCAGUAGUGCAGACCACAGCCAAGAGCGGCGGCCAGCACGGAGUCGGCAACCUGCACAUUACUCCUGAGAUCUCUCAAGUAGGACAUGUCUACUCCAGCCAGGUUCAGUACGUGGACGGAGACGGCAACUACAACGCCACACCCAUUCGUUCCAGUACUUACCCGUUCACAGAGUCGUCCCUCUAUGGCCAGGCCACGCCCUCUGGCCCAUACUACGAUGAUCCACCCACAACCGGGUCACAGGUCUCCACCCCCGUGACUUCUCAGCCGGUUUCCGUGACUACAGGAUUCUCAGGGGGUGGGACUGGGGUGACGGCGGUAUCAGGAGCGUCUUCUUCAGGUGGGGGCGGAGCCGGAGUUGUGGCUGGGGUCGGGGCUGGAAGUGUGUCCAGUGGCGGAGUGGCGGGGGCUUAUGUGGUUCCAGGAAGCUACGUGCUGGGAAGCGGAGGGCAGAAUUACACCCACAACAUACGCGCUUCACCUGCUACUGUGCAAUGGCUGUUGGAUAACUAUGAGAAGGCUGAAGGUGUGAGUCUGCCCCGCUGCACGCUGUACUAUCACUACCUGCUGCACUGUCAGGAAGCCAAGCUGGAGCCCGUCAACGCUGCCUCCUUCGGCAAACUCAUCCGCUCCCUGUUCAUUGGCCUGCGCACACGCCGACUCGGCACCAGAGGGAACUCGAAGUACCACUACUACGGCCUUCGGAUCAAGAGCAGCUCCCCCCUGCACCGGCUCAUGGAGGACCAGCAACACCUGGCCAUGAGACAACAACCCUUCUCACACAAGCACAGGAUAAGACCGGUGCAGAAGGUGGAGGGAAUGACCAACGGGAUGGCAUUGGGGGCGGGGCAAGGAGGAGGCCAGGGGGUGGGGCUGUUUGACAUCAGUUCCCAAAUCCAGCAAUAUCAGCAGUUUUUGGAUGCGUCUCGCUCUCUUCCUGAGUUUCCAGAGAUUGAUCUCCAGGGAAAGGCUCUGCCAGAAGGGAUUCUUCCGGAGCAUAUCCGAGCUUUCCAGCAGCUCUAUCGGGAACACUGUGAGGCCAUAGUGGAUGUGAUGGUGAACCUACAGUUUCCUCUGGUUGAGACUCUGUGGAAAAGCUUCUGGAGAUUCAGUGAGGGGCAGACCAACGAAGCACUUGACCUUCACAGCGAAUCAGAGAAGCGACUCCCGAAAGCAUGUCUGGUUCUGCUGUGCCAGUACGAGCCGGUUCUUCAGUGGAGCCGCAACUGUGACAACACGCUCUACCAGACCCUAGUGGAGAUCCUCAUCCCUGAUGUUCUCACACCUAUACCCAGUGCCUUAACACAAGCCAUCCGCAACUGUGCCAAGAGUUUAGAGAACUGGCUCACCAGUGCCAUGAUGAACAUUCCAGAGGAGAUGGUCCGCAUUAAGGUGGUGUGCGCAGGAGCGUUUGCACAGACGUUGCGCAGAUACACUUCUCUGAAUCACCUGGCUCAGGCGGCCAGAGCCGUCCUGCAGAACUCGGCCCAGAUCACACAGAUGCUCAACGACCUCAACCGAGUGGACUUCAACAACGUGCAGCCCUGUGUGUGUGUGUGUGAGCAGGAGCAGGCUUCAUGGGUGUGUGCAUGUGAAGAGCGCACGGUGCAGCGGAUUGAGCAGGACUUUAAGAUAACGCUGCAGCAGCAGAAGUCUCUGGAGCAGUGGGCCGCCUGGCUGGACAGCGUGGUCACACACGUCCUCAAACCCUACACGUCCAGCCCGUCCUUCACCAAAGCUGCCAAACUCUUCCUGCUCAAGUGGAGCUUCUACAGCUCGAUGGUGAUCAGGGAUCUAACUCUGCGCAGUGCAGCCAGUUUUGGUUCGUUCCAUCUCAUCCGGCUGCUGUAUGAUGAGUACAUGUAUUACCUGGUGGAGCACAGAGUUGCUCAGGCCAAAGGAGAAACACCCAUCGCUGUUAUGGGAGAGUUCGCCAGCCUCGGCCGUACCGACAGCACGGCAGAUGCGGACAAAGAAGAGGAGGAAGAGGAAGAGGACGAGAGCGACGAAGACCAGAUGCCUAUUCCGGUCGAUUCCACAGCUAUGGGGGAGGAGUCUCUGGAACCGCCCAGCAAAUUAGCUAGGACAGACCUGUUCAGCACCACGCACAACUAACACACACACACACACACUGUUCAACAACACUUACAUCUCACAUAGACCUCUUUAUAGAGAUUUAUUAGAUAUAAACAUUACACAUCACUGAUACACACACACACAAAUAUAUACAGAUUUAGCUCUAUGUCCUUUCCUCUCUCUCUCUCUCUCUCUCUCUCUCUCUCCUUUAGUGCCAUGCAGUUGUUUGCCUUAUUCAUUAUUGCCUUUUGAGAGAACUGUUCUAUCUGCCAUAGUCUAUCAAUGUUUAAUGCCUUAAAUUAAUUUGAGUGAUAUGCCUUAUAUACGUCUGCACAGCGUUAGUGUGAUGGUAUCUACAUGCGUAUGCAUACACACUGACGGUUCGAACGCUUUCGGAAAAAAUCAUAUUAGUGUGACUGGUAAAGAAAACCCACAUCAUGGUCGAUACGUUCUCAAAUCUCACUGUAAUCCAGCCGCAAUCAGGAUGUGCUAGAUUACUACUCAGCGCUGGACUACUGACCAGAAGGUCCACCAAGCUGCCACUACCACCAGGCCCCUGAACAAGGCCUUUAACAAAAUGUUGUUGCCCGUCACAGGUUCACGUUAAGGCGCUCGUUCUGAUACCUCACCGUUUCUACAGUAACCGCUCCUUCACGGAGUGGUCAUAUAAUCUUAGCGUGAAUGCAACAACAUGUUAUUUAACGUACAGAUGGGUGUGACUGCUAAUAAUAACAUGAUGAAGAUUUCUGUAAGGAGAUGUUUAUUCAACGUUUAAUAAAAAUCUCCUGCUGGAACAGGCAGUCAGGAAGUCAGUACAUUCAAUCCAUCCAUACCCGCUUUAUUAGCUAAUUAGGGUCACGGGGAUCUGCUGGAGCCUAUCCCAGCACACAUUGGGCGAAAGGCAGGGGUACACCCUGGACAGGUCACCAGUCCAUCACAUAUAGACAGACACUCACACACACACUCGCAUUCAGUACAUAAAACUCUUAUUUGGAUAUUUAUCCAGCCUGGGAAAUGUCUCCCAGUUUCCACUAUAAGAGACUCCAAAGCUUCGGACUGGCAGUGUGUGUGUAUAUAUAUAUAUGUGUGUGUACGGACAGAGAGAACGUGUUUUUCCUGCUCAUGAUUUAAAACCAUGAUGUCUGGGAGUUUUGGGGGUUGAUAAAAAAAGGAGAGUUCAUGUUUUCUGUUUCUGAUGUUAGAGUUCGUUCAGCCAUCAUUUUGCACAGCCUUAAUUCCCUCCAUAUGACAACAAAACAAAACAACCCUGCAGGUUUGUCCCCGUUUCCCAUAAUGCCUUGUGAUAGUUGGCGUGAAUCUGCGCUCUGGUUCUAACCUGCUCCUGCUAGCCGUAACGUCUUCUUAGCGACGUUAGCGUCUUCAUGACCAUGGAGAGGUUUGACCACAGGUCGAUAUUGACCGCAUGUAAAAGAAGUCGUGAUCAUUUCACGUGUCAUUUUUUUUCCACAAGGCUUCGAAAACAAAUCCAACAGAUUUGGAUUACCCAUGAUACAUAAAACAUACCCAUGUUUUUCGCUUGAUGCCUUGUUUCGUUUUUUGUUUUUUGAGUUGCAGUGUAAGUUUUUCCAUAACGCUGACCAUAUGCUUUGUUUUUGUUUGUUUAUUUUUUUGCAUGCUAAUUUGCCAGAAGAGAGAUUUCAGCUCGAUGCCUCAGUGUAAUAAUUGUACUGCUUGUGCCUUUGGAGAAUAACCUCUGACUGCAGAGAUCUUUAAAUGUAUGAAUAAAUUAAGAUGUUAUAUUGCUUA